AUUUAAUUAUUUAAAUAAAUAAAAUAUUUUUGCUUGUUUUUUCCUUAGCGUAAGGAUUCAGUUAUUUACAUGAACACAUCGGCUCAGCUAAUCCUCUUAGGAUUGGCUUUAUCUUAGGAAGGUUAGGAUAGGCGGUGGACGACAGUACCGUUAGCGGCAGCACAAUGGAAAUAGGCCACAAUGGAAGGAGUGAAUUCAAUUCGAGGACGUAAAUCUUUCUUUCCAGUGCAGUUUCUAUCAUUCUCCACCAUGACAUGUGAAGUGUUAAUGAGUUAAUCCGUAGCAACAUAUUGUGUUUGUGCGUUAGUGCUGUCGCCGACACGAGAGCCUUAUCCAUCUCAGUGUAAGGCUGACUAGUGGCGAGCGAUAAAUUGGACUUUCACACAGUCAGCUGUGUGCAAGCCGACCACUCAACUACACGAACAGAAGAUAAUAUGGAGAUGGAAACACUACCUGAUACCGCAUGGCCUACUGGUAGCAAUAAAUGUAAGAAAAAUUUCACCGGUUCGUCGUUAUCAUCAUCUACACACAACGGACACAGCGAUGACGAAGAAAUCGUGGAUAUUGACGACGACGAAGACAUAGGCUGUGAUAGAGCGAGCGGACCCCCCUUACAGAAGGGCAGCAUGAAGACAGAGGCGGAGACCAAGAGCGCCGACUCUGACGACGACCGAGUGGCCAGCUGCUCCCCGCCCCACGGCACCAACUUCGACACGUGCGGCCACUUUAACGACACGAGCAGUUACGUGGAGCGCGUGGUGGACAAGAUGACCAGCGAGUCGCCCUGUGACAACAUCGAGCUGGCCGAGGAGGAGGGGGAGGAUGGGGAGGGGGAGGUGAGCGGCGCCCAGACAGAGAUCCGCGACUCAUCCUCAGAGGCGCUGCCUUGUGCGGAAACUGUUCCCCCACCCACAUCGCCACCCAGGUCAGCCGCACCGUCGUCUCCGGGCAACUCGGGUUCGAAACCCACGCAGAAGACGUUGACUUGUGAUGAGGCCGCUCUCGGUUAUAAACUGUGUAGCGCGGCGAAAGCGCUGAAAACCCCCGAACCCUUCAUGGGCCAGUCAAGAAAAACCCCCGAACCCUUCUUGGGCCAGUCAAGAAAAACCCCCGAACCCUUCAUGGGCCACUCACCGAAACCACCAAACAAUACAAUGAGCAAGUUCUCCGGGUUACGGUCCUUGCCUAUUCAUUGUGUGAUCGAGCAAGAGGACUCGGUCAAUGACGUCAGAGACUUUGAGAGUAACCCCCACGCUCGUGUGGUCGUUGACACCUAUGCAAUACUUCCAGGGGCGACACUGUUCUUUGAUUUGGUCACUGCCUCCCUGCUGAAGCUGGGCUACACAGCUCCAGAAGCUGUUGGAGCCAAGGGUGGCUUACAGUUGAAGAACUGGAAGACUUUGACUUUUGCUGACGUCACUGACAACCACCUGGCCACAGUGGAGGAAAUACUUGGUGAACUGACCAGUGUCGCCACACUUAGGAUACGUCUGAGGUAAAGAUAUGGUCUUUCCACCAGUGAAGACGUCAAGGAAAAACUUCUUCAGCUGUUGCUGACCAAGUCCAAGGAUUUUCUCCUUCAGGCUGGCUGUCCCAUUGAAAAGUCCCUUCUUGACACGAUAGCCACAGGGGAGAUAAGUCAGCACAUCCCAGACCAGGUGUGCUCUCUCUUUGAUGAGUGGUACACUAGACAGAAGGGGGACAGUUCACCUGUCCUGUCCAAACAUUCCAGCCCUGCCAAGCCACAGCAGUCACCUCCCCUGUCAGCUGUCACACCCCUCCAGGGAAAACCCCAAGAUGAGAGCCCUUCAAAGUCUGACUCCCCCAUGGAGUUCACCGACUCCCCCGUCGUCCAGAGCCUGAAGAUUGACCAGCCAGUCAUCAAGACUGAAACUCUGUCCAGCUAUCCAUCCGAUGUACACGAAGCCCUAAACCUCAAGCAUCACAUACCCAGUCUCACAGACACUAGUCCCAUGCGUAACAAAAUCAAAACAGAAAAAAUGCUGGAUAAGAACAGCCUAAAAGAUUUCUAUAAAAUAUCACGGUCCCCUAGCGAAGGCAACAUUCCAUCCACACUACAGAGUCAUCCAUCAAACCCAUACCUGGGGCUAAUGCCAGGUAAAACAAGAAUCCGGACAUCUUUUGAUCCGGAGCAUGAAAUCCCUAGACUCCAAAAAUGGUUUAUGGAUAACCAGCAUCCGACACGGGAACAGAUGAUGAGAUUUAUGCAAGAACUUAACGGCCUUGAGUCUCGCAAAGGCCGCCGGCCCCUUGAUCUCACUAAUAUAAUCUACUGGUUUAAGAAUGCACGUGCGGCCCAGAGAAGAGCCAGCAAAGCUCUGGACGAUUCGUUUGAGAAUGAAGAAAAUGUAGACAUGAACUCUGCUGGUUCUGGUAAUUCUGUCACCGAGUGCGUCCCCCCGUAUCUACCCAACAAAAACGCUGUGUACAUGAUCCCCUUCCACCCCUACCCCCAUCUUCUGUCCGACACGUCUGCUGCUGGGGCAGACGAGCCGUACGACUUGUCCGUCACCAAACGUCCAUCUGACAUGUCAAAAAUGCAAAACGGCAAAGAUAAAGAUGUGUCAUUUUCAGACUCUGCGACCCCUUCUCCCAUUAAGUCUUCACCGUCGUCGUCUGAGGGCGAAGGUCAAGGUGACAUACUCAAGAAGAAAAAACCUUACUGCACUCAGAGGUUUCCUGCUCUUCUGGACGUGGCCUCCAAAUUGCGUCAAGAAAUUCCCCCGAGGUCUAACGACAUCUUCCAAACCAUGAACACUGAUGUCAGCAACGGCCGGAUGUCACCUUUCAGGUCAGGGUCCAGUGACAUGGAGCGAUCCAGCCGACAGGAUGAAACAGACACCUACUCUGACCCGUCCACCCCCCUGCCAAACGGAGGCUCCGUGGCUGAGCACUAUUUGUCCAGCUUGAAAAUCAAGCAUGAACAUUGCAAAUACUCACCCAGGGACCAUAACUCAGAGUCUAAGCAGAGUUACCUCCAUGCUAGUCACAUCUCUCGCGAGUCCAGCAUAGAACUAGGCCAGAUAAAAAAAGAGCAGGACAAGAUCGAGUGCAGCGAUGAUGAAAACUCUAACGACAGUUACAAUUCUGAAGAAGAACUGAAACUGCGGUUGAAGCAGAGCGCGGCUGUUGUUGAUUACGCCUCGGCAAUGCAUAACAAUGUGUCGCGGCUGACCGCAGCAAACAUGGCCGCUCUCUCGCUGGCCCAGAUGGGGCAGUCGCUGCACAUCCCACAGCUGCCUCCGUCGCUAGCCAUGGCCUACUACCCCAUGGACCACCGGUUCUACUCCCAGACCAGUGUCCAGCACUCGCUCUCCUCCUCCCCCCUCACCUCCCUCUCUGCCAACCAUGCUUCUCAUCUGUCUCAACUCUCACUCCGGCAGGACUCUGCGCCUCACGAUGCCAGGAGCCCCCUCCCCUCCCCCUCUAUGCAGCAGUCCAUCAACCACCUCUCUCAGCACCAGCGACAGUCCCCACAGCAACCACACCACAGGCACCACUCGGAGCCUCGCAAGCGACGGACGCGGGUCUUCAUCGACCCGCUGACUGAGAUUCCCAAGCUUGAGAAGUGGUUUACGGAGGACACCCACCCCUCAGCUUUCAUGAUAGACAAGUACUGCGAGGAGCUGAACAAGUGUGAGUACCGGCACAAGUUCCCCAAGCUGGAGCCCAAAAACGUUCAACUCUGGUUCAAAAACCACAGAGCCAAAGUCAAACGCAUGAAAGUAUCUUUUGAUGGUCAAGGUGAUCCCGAUGGUAGCAUGUGUAUGGAUGAUGAUAUAGAUGACUAAUUGUGUGUCCAUUUAAUGUAUUGAAAAGCCAUACUGUUUAUUGAUAAUUUCCAUUUAGAUCUAGUACACUAGUCAUACAUUUUUUUUUAAAUUUUGAUACAUUUAGUAUGAUAAAAGAUAAAUACCACACUCAUCAAAAUGAACUGAGAUUUCUAGCAAAGUAUUUUAAAUUAAUUAAAUCUACAAUAACUCAGUCUAAAAAUAGUUUGUUUAAGGUUUAUAAACAGACAAAAAGUGUUUUUGUAUAAUUUAUUAUUAUAUUGAUACCAUGAACAUGGAUAUAAAAUAACUGUUAACUCCAAAAGAGUUUAUUUACAGAACAUUUCUUUGAGUGUCAUCAGACAAUUUAGAAACCAUCUCACCAGUAAAGUGUCUGAAACGACCAACACAGAAAAUUGAAUUAGGUCCCUUGUUUUUUUUUAGUUGUUGGUUUAUCUCCCUUUAUGCUGAGGUUUUUACUUAAAGUUAUAGUCCUUACAAGUUUUGUGAUUUAUUUAUUUCUUUGAUUCUCUUAUAUCAAUUAUAUAUAUGUACAUAGUUACUCUGUAUACUUUUGUUAAAAGUUAGUUUGGCAAUCAAUGAUCUGUUAGCAAAGUCUUGAAUUUGUUAGUCAUUGUUAACACACUGGUCCAUUGUUGGUCUACAACGCAAUCAAAAAAAUUUCUUUUUCAUUCAUAUGAUUAAAAUAACAUGUUAUUUUCUUUCCUUCAUGAGAUAAUGUUUAUCUCAUCUAUAAUAUAUGAUAUAUCGUAUGCAAGCAUAAAUAUUUUCAACUACAUUUUUGAAUGUAACUUGUGUAAUACCGACAUUUGAAUUUUGUUGUGGAUCUUUAGUGUCCAUGUUCAUAGAAAUCCAGUCAGAGCACGGGUUCUUUUACUUUUUAUUCACAUCAUGUGUAUAGUAUGUACAAUAGCAUUUUUUACUUGAGAUACAGUUUUAAAUAUCGCAGCUUUAAUUAGUUAAUUGCAUGCAAAUCCAAUAAGUAUUGAAUGGCAUAUGUGUAAUUCCAUUUUUUGUGUGCAAAUUACCAUGGUUUAGGUUAUUUUUUACUUGCAAUAUCUACUUGUAAUUACUUGCAGUAUUUGACGUGUUUGAACAGAUUAUUCCUAGAUUGUUUCUGAUUGUGUAUGCAGGGCAGGCGAUCCACACUGUCACAUUCUGCAGUAAAAAAACCUUUCUCUCAGUUCUAUAAUGAAGUUGAACACCAAACUUAAUGUUUACAUGGUUAAAUUUUUGUUACAAAUAUCACCAUUGUAUUUAAAAAUCUGACAAAAGGGGCAGUCAAGUAGGGGAGAGGUGUUGAAAGAUUGUAGGGAAGGUUAAAUUUAGAUUUUGUAGUUCUGCAAGAUAAUUACAGCAAAAUUACUGGAUCAGUUUUAAAGUUUUUAUAUAUAGAUUUAUGUGUGGUUAGUCAAAUUAAGGAUGGCUAAGAGAACAGAUACAGUUGGAUGAAUGAAAACAGAAUGUUCAACUUUUUAUACUCCCUUCAGUAUUUUGGUUUUAGAAUAUUCUUUUUAUCCAUUUUAUUCAAUAGAAAUAUUAGCAGCUUGUAAAUUUUCUACUGUAAACAAAUCCAAUAAAUUUAAGUUACACAAUUUUUCUGUGUGCAUAUCCCUUGUCGAAAUAACAUUCUUGCUUUAUGUAUAUUGACCUAACAUAAGUCUAAUAAACUGUACAUGUACAAUUAUAUUUAUAUAGUUUAUUUAUUUCUCAAUAAUCAUGCAUGAUGAUUUAUUUCUAUGUAACCGAGAACUUUGUUUAUUGUGUCAUUACAUGAAAGUUGUGUAAAUUAUUGUAAAUUAUCAUAUAAUAUAAUUAGGGCAAAAUCUUAAGUGACAGUGUAUUUUGUUAAAAUUAAUUUUUGUCAUUUGGGACCAUAACAUUUUAGCUAAAUAGCUAUAUCGUUGCUUUAAGAGUUAAAUUUUACUUUGUUAUAAAAAUAGUUGUUUUUUUAUUACAGGCUCGUUAAAUUGCUGAUAUUUUUUUUUAUUAAUACCAUUUUCAUAAUACUUUGGUUGUAAGUUAAAUUUAAAAAAUGA